CUCCUCCAGCAAAGCGCCAUUUUCGGCGUUGUCACUGUACUACACUACAGCAUGCUGUGGUCAAACAGAUAAUAAGACUAGUGUUUUUGUAGGAAUCCAUUCGCAGUAUUUCUCAAAAUGGGACGGAAAAAGAAGAAGCAGAUGAAGCCAUGGUGCUGGUAUUGCAAUCGAGACUUCGAUGAUGAAAAGAUUCUUAUUCAGCAUCAGAAGGCUAAACAUUUUAAAUGCCAUAUUUGCCACAAGAAGUUGUACACUGGCCCAGGUUUGGCGAUUCACUGCAUGCAGGUACAUAAAGAGACUAUUGACAGUGUACCAAAUGCCAUUCCUGGAAGAACAGACAUUGAGCUGGAAAUCUACGGCAUGGAGGGGAUUCCAGAGAAAGACAUGCAGGAGAGAAGACGAACAUUAGAACAGAAAUCUCAAGAGAGCCAAAAAAAGAAAUCAAAUCAGGAUGAUUCUGAUGAGGACGAUGAUGAUGAUGAAGCAGGACCAUCAGCUCAGCAGGUUGCCGCUGUCCAGCCUCAGACAGGCUACGUGGCUCCCAUGACCCAACCUGGGAUUCCUCCUGUAGCUGGUACGCCUGGGAUGCCACUUGGGGCAUAUCAAGGAAUGCCCCCGAUGAUGCCUGGUGUUCCCCCUAUGAUGCAUGGCAUGCCUCCUGCAAUGCAUGGAAUGCCACCAGGGAUGAUGCCAAUGGGAGGGAUGAUGCCUCCCAUGAUGCCAGGGAUGCCUGGAAUUCCCCCAGGAAUGCCACCCCACUUGGCCCCAAGGCCAGGGAUGCCCCACAUGGCACCGUCUCCAACGGGAGUGAUUCCCAAUCGACCGGUAGUACCAGUAGCUCAGCCUGCAGUCACCAAACCUCUCUUUCCCAGUGCAGCACAGGCCCAGCAGAGCGCUUCAGGAACAGCACCUUCAAACUCUCACAGUACAGCCGCCUCCUCAGACCCUCCCAAAGCAACAUUCCCUGCCUACACCCAGCCCUCUGUCUCUUCUUCCUCUUCCACUUCUUCUAACCCCUCUAGCAACACUGUGGCCAAACCCCCAGCCACAGUGACCACUAAGCCUGCCACUCUCACCACCACGAGUGCAACUAGUAAGUUGAUCCACCCUGAUGAGGAUAUCUCACUGGAAGAGAUGAAGGCACAGUUGCCUCGUUAUCAGCGUCUUAUACCCCGGCCGGGUCAGGCCCAUGCGGCUGCUCCCUCUGUGGCGGCUGUGGGCAGCAUGAUGCCCCCACAGCAAGGCAUGCCACCACAGCAGCCUGGAAUGAGGCAUCCCAUGCAUGGUCAGUAUGGUGCUCCUCCUCAGGGCAUGCCAAGCUACAUACCAGGUGGGAUGCCUCCAUAUGGGCAGGGUCCUCCUAUGGUUCCCCCUUACCAGGGAGGCCCUCCCAUGGGCAUGCGGCCGCCCGUCAUGUCUCCGGCUGGACGCUACUGAAGCAGCAUUGCAGCCACCACAUUAGGUUUGAGGUUAACACCUUUCUCUCAUCAUCAUUGUGCUUUUUCAAACCUAGCAGCAAGCAAAGAACAGUAAGACCGGUGGCGGUGAAGACGAGCAUUAUUUGUUACGACACAUGGACAUUUAAUGUAACAUCUAUAUUGGAAAACAGCCAGACACCACACACGUUCCUGACAGAUAUUUUGUGGUUAUUUGAUUUACAUGUGAGGAUAUAUAUAUAUAUAUUUUUUCCCCAUAGGUUUCACUCAGGUUUAUAGAAGUGAAGUGUGGUAAAAAGAUUCAUAUUUCUUUUGAAGCUGCUGGAGUUACAUGAGCGUACCAACCCCCCCUUACACAGGCAAGUUUCUCUUGUAAACCUUUGAUUAAUUCUGUUGUUUAUUUCUUUGGUAGAAUGAUUGAGGCCCUCACAGCACGUGUAGGUGCUGUUGGACUUGCGUCCCCAACCUUGGUUGGUGAGGGUCUCAAUAGUGAUGAUGAUUCCAGCUGAGUAGGGUUACAAAUCCAUGGCUCACCAGUCUUCUAGCUUUAUUCUUAUUUCAGGUUUGUUUUUAAUAUUUCCUGGUUAAAAGGGUACCUGUAAUGCAUCCUUUGUAAUGUUUAAUGAGUCUGUUGUAAUAAAAACCCAUCUUGAAAUCCA